AUAGAUAAGUCUCUUGUAUUUAUUGUCGAUACUACGAUUUUAUACAAGAUGCCACGCUGCGACAAGAACCAAUUUCACAUGGUUUCAUGGUACUGGAGUGCCGAACCCUGACUUGGCGGGAUCAUCAAACACUUCCCUGCUUCGAUCAAACGCUCCUACAUACAUACCAUUGCACAAUUAAGAUGGCCUAGAAUACAAAGCUUGCAUCAGCAGAAAUCUGGCAUAAUGCCGCCCAUACGAAUGAGUUAUCUAGGAGCAAGGGCGCUAUGAAGACAACCCAAACUCAACUUGGGAUUGCGAGUCCGCCGGAAGCCAGUGUGAUACGAUAAAACCAUGUACAGCACAAUCAUCGCGAGCCUCGUAACGGGCAUUAGAUGCGACCACGGACGACCAUUGAAUUGGAAAACCCCAUCGUAAUCAUCCCACCUCAGGCGCGGAACCACCCUCAUCCGACCGCGGGCAAAAUGUUUGAAACAAAAGCGGGCUAUCUGCACGCUGCCGAUAACAAAAAAGCCGUUGUGCAAGGGGUUCAACUUUUGGUAAACCUGGAAUUCGUAGGACGAGUUUCAUGGAUCAGGCGUCAUCAGUCUGAAACUGGACUUUUCGGGACCGGGGCCGUACCAAUCUGGUAUUGGUUCACCCGCAAGUACGGGCUUUUAACCACAUGGGGUCUCCGGGCCGUUGAAAACCAAGUCAUGCUUGCUCCUUGUAACCCCAGGUCAAUGAUUCCCCCAUUCAUCAGGGGAUUCAAUGGUUAUGUUAACUUGAUACAACGUUAUUACUUACAGAGGCUUCAGGAACAAUAUCUGGGAUUCUGUAUAUAUUCGUCAGCCAUUCAGCGCAUCAAUUGUACGCCAGCGUCAACUUUCGCAACAAUUGGCGAUAUCCCGCCCCCGGGCUGUAACGUCACAGGGAUUCGAUCCAUUCAGAUAGCCCAAGUCGUUGGGCUCAGGUACUGCGUCCGCGUACCUUAGUGAUGGUAACUUGUGGUUAGUAACCCGUGUUGCGAGGGUUUUGUAUUGGAACGAGCGGACCUCGAGCGAAUCCGUAUAAGCGGUUACAUACUGCCGCUGCGAACGACUUUUAUCUAUCCUCACUUGUAACCA